AUCUAGAACUUAACAAGCUGCAGCCAAGUAAAAUAAAAAUCAAUUUUAUUAGAUAUAAUUUCAUAAAUAUGGCUGGUGCUAUACCUUUUGUAGACUACAAAAUAAAACAACGAAAAGUGCUACUGUUUUCCAAAACAUUUUCUCCAGAAUCUUCAAUGGUAAAGUCUAUUCUAAGUCAAUACAGUUUAUCAGACAAAGACUAUGAAAUUGUGGAAAUCGAAAAACGACAAGAUUGUGUGCAAAUCGAAAAUUAUUUUCAGUUUUUAUGUCUUGAUGAUUCAAGAGCAGUUCCACAACUAUUUAUAGAUGGACACUAUAUUGGUGGAGCUAAGCAAAUCAACCUUUUGCAAAAAUCUGGAGAGCUUAAGAGAAUUUUGAAAGAAGCCCAUGCCAUGGACUGACAUAUUUAGAAUGCAGUUUGCGCCAUUAAAAAAAAAAUUAAAUUAAAUACCUUAACAUUUUUUUGUAAUAUUAUUAAAAGAAAAAUAUAAAUUGGCAGGUUAUCAUUGUAAUUUAAUGUAAAUACUAACGUGAUUAUUUUGUGUUUCUUGUCAGAUAAAUAUGUAUAAAGUCUUUUGUUUAGAUUUAAAGAAAACCUAUAUAAUUAUAUAAUUGUAUCUAUAUAUUUUAUGUGAAUAAAAAAUGUACAUCAUAAUGUAAUAUUUUUUAAAAUGUGUACAAUUUAUUACUGCUGUACUUAAUAAACCUUGAAACUGAAUUUGUAGUACAACAAAAUUUGGUAUGAAAAUUAUUUAUCCAUGUCAACAAAAUAAAAACAAUAUUUACUAACGUUUACUAGAGUAAAUUAGUUACAACUUAAACAUUAAACAAUAUAGACUUA